AAGUCACAGCCUUCCGCGAGAUCCGUGUGUUGCGGAAAAUACCUUUUUGGGCGUCCGACCACAUGUGUGAAUAGUGAACAAAAUAUGGUUCUUUAGCUUUUUCCAGGUUGAAAAGGUCAUUUUUAGUGUUAUUCGUACACGUAAUCGAUUGCCACGGUGCGGCCGGACCGUCGUGUGUGCGUAAAUAGUUGGAACGAGACGACGGAAGUGAAUUUUUUCGAUGUAAAUACGGUCGAUCCAGGGUCAAUCUGGUGUGAAUUUUGUACUGUGCGCACAUUUGUUUCUAUUACAGUUACGUUAAACUAGACUAGAUAUAACAUCGCCGAGUACGGUACGAGCUCUGUGUGAAAAGUGAAUUUCGUGGGUCCAACCCGCACCAUGCCGUCUUGCUAAGAGGCAUGGCCGCGCGCUCGUGAUCCUAUCGGCGCGAAGCGCGCGCCCGGGCUUACAUAACUUGGAGAGCGGCAUGGCCGCGAGAGUGUCGGAGGGCGCCGGGCCCUCGUACGCUUCGGUGCUGAACUUCCGAGGUGGGGACAGCAAUAAGGAGAACAUAGAGGCCACAGAGGAGGCGCCCGACGCGGUCCCGCGGCCCGACGACGAGGAGGAGGAGGGCUUCGUGCCCGUUAUCUCUCACGCGCGUCGCCCGGCCAAAAGCCGCCGCGAGCGCGAGCGUCGGGCUCCCCCGCGACCGCACAAGGCGCCCCCGCCGCAUUCAGAACCGCAGCCCACGUCGGAGCAGCAGCAGGCCGACGACCAGCCCAAGAAGUUCGUCGAAGCACCCAUACCCAAAGUCAACCCUUGGCAGGUCCGAGGGGGCAGCACGGGUGUCCCGCCCCCGGCGCCGCCCGCCAUCCUGGAGCUGGAGAAGCGGUCGCCGCUGCAGCCGCAGCAGCAGGGCAGGGCACAGCUCCCACCAGUUCCAGAACCUGUGCCGCCGCCUCCAGCACCCAAGCCUGCCGUGGUGAAACCGCCCAAGAGUGUCAAGAUCACACAGAAGGGUUCAGACUUCACAGACACGGGUGAUUGGCCGACGCUGGGUGCGGCGGUAGCUGGUGCGAGGUGCCAUUCCACGCCGCCGCCGCACGACGACUCCUCCCAUCACAACGGGAACGCUGACCAAGAGCGGCAACCGCUCGAGGAGCAGCCCCCGAGGGUGGAGAAGGUGGAGCUGAUCCACAACCACCAGGUGUACAACGACAAGCAUUUGCAGCAACAGCAUGACAAGAACAAGGCAGCAGCCGGUUUGGCAGGCAAAGGAGGCAACAAGUCAGGCAAACACAAGUGGGUGCCUCUCGACAUAGACGUGAAGGCGGCGCGCCCGCCCAAGCAUGGACCUCAGCAUCCGCCCAGACCAGAGCAUGACACGGUGUCGCUGAACGGCGAGGACUACCGCGGGAGGGGCGCCGUGCGCGGCAGGGGGGCGGUGCGCGCGCGGGGCGUGAGGCGCGCCCCCGCCCGCGCCGCGUCCCUCCACCCGCACCCGCACCCGCUGUACCACCACCCGGAGCUGGCGCACCACGACAUGCCGCAGCUGCGCGUGGCUCAGCCGGCGCUGCCGCAGGUGGUGCUGCGCUACGGGCUCGGGGCGCUGCCGCUGGCGCCGCCGCUGGCGCAGGCGUUCUACUACGGCGCCGCCGCCGCCACGGGCGCGCCGUACGGCGUCGGGCUCGACCAGGCCACGCUCAAGGACCUCAUCAAGAAGCAGAUCGAGUACUACUUCAGUCCGGACAACCUGGCGCGCGACUUCUUCCUCCGCCGCAAGAUGUCCGCCGACGGCACCAUACCGGUGACGCUGAUCGCGUCAUUCCACCGCGUGCGCGCGCUCACGGCGGACGUGCAGCUGGUGCUGGACGCCAUACGCGACUCGGACCGCCUGGAGCUCAUCGGCGGCUUCAAGGUGCGCACAGCGUUCGAGCCAUUAAAAUGGCCGAUACUCGACAUAAACAAUACAGAGAACACGGGGACCAAUUCCAAUGAACCUGUAUCGGAUCGAAAACCAGACCAAAACACGAAUCAAAUCACAACGAACCAGAGCCCAGAAACAAAACCGGCCGAAGAGAAAACCGACGACAAUGCAAGUGAUACAGUUUUGGAACAGAAGAGGAUAGAAGAGAGUAUAGACAACGAAGUUAAAGAGGAGAAGAUUGUGGUCGAAAAGGAGAAUAGUUUAGAAAAUGAGGUAAAACCGACUCCAGAGCCAGAAGCGACACCAAUACAAGUUACAGAAUUAAAAACAACAGAACCUACAGAACUUCCCAAACAAACAGACACACUAUUAACGACGGAAAUUCCCCAAGAAACACCUCAAGAAGUAACAACAAAACCAGAAGUUGAUUCCUCUGUAGAAGUGAAAGAAGAAGACAGAAAAGUAGAGGCUGAUAGUACAGAGGUUAAAGAAGUAGUGGAGAAUGUAGAGGUUAAAGCAGUGGUGGAGAAUGCAGAGGAAGUGGAGAAGGUGACAGAGUCUAGUGAAGAUCCACCUCUACAACCUGAUGUAGCAGAAAAACCUGGGGAGAAACGCCGUAAGAAGCAGAUGGUCGGCAUAUUCCCUCUCGCAACGAUGGGCGGUCCCUUGGUGGCGCCUGUGUCCAGCUUACUACGGGCUGUGCCACCGCCGCCUUUACCCAGAAUGUUUCGUACCGGACGCGGCGGCACGUCCCCUCUAAUGCCUCACGACCACCUCAACCCUGAUGUACCGGAAUUCGUACCGCAAGCGAGGAGAAAUGAGGAGCCGAAUGCUGGUAAAACAGGUCGCCGCGAGGAUGGCCGGCCGAAUAGGAGUCCCACGUUCGACAAGAGUGAUCCAGACGUAUGGACUGAGGUGAAACGGCGCACCAAGGCCGGGUCCCGCGAGCGCACCGGCCCCGCCCCGGCGCCGCGCGAGGACGUGGACGAGCCGCGCGAGGAGCUGCACUUCCAGCUCGACGAGGAGUUGGAGCUGCCGCCGCCGAGGAACAACACCUUCACUGAUGCGUGGUCUGACGAGGAGUCGGAUCUGGAGUUCACGGACCGCGACGUCGGGCGGCUGCUGAUCGUGACGCAGACGAGCGCGCGCGCGCCCAAGCACGACGGCCACGACCGCCAGGGCGACUGGGCCACGCGCACCAAGAUCACGCAGGACCUGGAGCAGGUGAUAACUGACGGACUCAGACGCUAUGAAGAGGAUUUGUGGAACGAAGGUUCUUCGUCGUACAGCAGUACGCCGCAGUACCGCACGGUGUCGGUGAUCAGCCGGGAGCAGUUCGAGGCGGCGGCGCCCACGGAGCGCCACCAGAACCCCACGGAGCCCCCGCCGCCACCGCCGCGGCCCCAACCGGUGGAGCAGCCAGCGGAGGCGGGCGGCAAGGCGAAGCGGCCGCGGCGCACGGCGUGCUUCUAUGCCGCUAACAAGGACCCGCACGCGACGGACGUCAUAAGCAGCAGAAAGCACAAAACCCGCCACAGCCUCAACCCUCCCGUGGAACACCACGUGGGAUGGAUUAUGGACUCGCGCGAGCACAAACGGCAGCACCGGGACAGUGCCGGCUCUUCGCUGGGCACGUCGCCAACGCUGGGCUCGUCCUGCGGCUCCGUGCCGCAGUCGCUGCCGGUGUUCCACCACCCCAGCCACGGCCUGCUCCGCGAGAACCACUUCACGCAGCAGGCGUACCACAAGUACUACUCCAGGUGUCUGAAAGAGCGCAAGAAGCUGGGCAUCGGUCAGUCUCAGGAGAUGAACACUCUGUUCCGGUUCUGGUCGUUCUUCCUCCGGGACCACUUCAACAGGAACAUGUACAACGAGUUCAGGACGCUGGCCAACGAAGACGCGGCGGCAGGGUUCCGCUACGGGCUGGAGUGCCUGUUCCGCUUCUACUCCUACGGCCUGGAGAGGAAGUUCCGCCCCGAGCUCUACCAGCACUUCCAGCAGGAGACGCUCGCUGAUUACGAGAAGGGUCAGCUAUAUGGAAUUGAGAAGUUCUGGGCGUUCCUCAAAUAUUACAAGCACGCAGCGGCGCUGCAGGUGGAGCCGAAGUUGCAGGCGCACCUCGCCAACUUCAAGAGUAUCGAAGACUUCAGGGUUUUGGAGCCUCAGCUAAACGAGAUGCUGGCCUCGCAAGGCCCGACUGGCCCGGGCCGCGGGCCCCACGCCAGGCCUUACGACAGACACAGAUCGGUGUCAGAGAGCGAGCGGACACAACAGGCGUAUAGGAACAACUUCACUCGCCCCAGCGGCAAUCCCGGCAACACCAACAACCGUGGACGCGCGGGCUCCUGCGGCUCGCAGAGCGUCAUAGCCAACUCGCGGCCCAGACCGAAACAGCAGAAAACGAAAGCCGACGCGGCCCCAACCGAACUGACGACGCCAGUGGCUACAAAGACACAAUAGACGCAAUAUAUAAAAAAAAAAAAAAAACAAAUCCCAAGAAACAAACACUUGUACAUAAAUAUAUAAAAAACAAACAGACUAUCUCUGUGCAUGUGGUUAAAUUACUUAAAAACGAAUAAAAAAAAAUGGUGAGAAAAGAAAAAAAAGUGCAUUUUAUAUAUAAUUACUAUUAUAAAUAUAAAUAAAUAAAUAAAAUAUCCUACAGCGUAUAUGAAGAAAAAAAAAAUUAUAAACUUAUGAAACAAUUUGUGGAAGUGUGGUGCAGUUUUAAAGUGUGUGAUAUAGUUAUCUUAGUGUGACCUGUUUUGUGACCGGUCAGCGACCGGUCUGCGACCGGUUUGCGGCCAAUGCGUGACCGGUCGGCGGACGGUUUUGUGACCGGAUGCCGCGUGGCUGUGACCGGUCGCCGGUUUUGGGAUGUGCCGCCGCCCGGAUUGCUGGCUUUGUUCAUAUGUGAAGCCUAGCUUGCAUGCAUCGACAAUAAGCAAUGAAAUGCUAUGCAGUUAUAAGCGUUCACGAAUAAUUUAGCCUAAGCAAAAUAUAUGUAUGUAACACCACUAUGUUAUGUUACAUAUAUCACAUAUAUAUAUUAUAUAACUUUAAAAAUAACAUAACACUAAUGUAAUAUGUAUUCAUAAUAUAUAUUUUUGACAUGUAAAAUAAACUACAUUGUAAAACCAUUCACUUGUAACAAAAUAGUGACACAAUUUUAGCCUAAAAAAAUAUAUUCCCGAGUUUCGAGUUAGGUUUCAUUUGAUUUGUAAAUUAUUAUCGUGAAACGACUUCCAAUUAUUGUAAUAGAUUUUGCCAUUUCUUGUUUUUUCUUUUGUGAAAUUGGUAGAUUUUUAUUUUACAUCUGGCAACUCUUCAUUGUGUGUGGUAGAAUCAGUUGUUUCUGUAAAAAUUACACUUAUAUAAAGAUAUCAAGCAAAAUUAAGUGGCAAAAUGUUUAUCUCUUUAUCUUAUCACAAUUGUGAAACACUAUUUUUUUAUUUAUUUUUCCAUAUCUCACAUGAUUUUGAUAAAUAAUUUUUUUGUUUGGUUUGAACAAUUUACGGAUUAGCUAAAUCUUCCCAGAUAUAUAGAAUCUGUAGCAGUUACAAUUAAGACAAUUUGUAACAUUAUAAUAAUUUGAAAUUGUGAUGUCAUUUGUAUUAUUUAACAUCUACAAAGUUGAUUUUUUAUUUUUUUCGUUUAUAUGAAGUUGUUUCACGCAUAACCUCUCUCGGAGCUCUGGUGUUGUAUGAAUAAAAUACUUAAUUGGUAAGGUUUGUUUAGAUAGUGCUUUUUGGUAGAAAUUUAAGGUAAUAAAGUGGCAACACUGUAUACAAUCGAGUCAUAGCCGAAAGCUUAUUUCGUAUUUUUUUUCAUGUUGGCAAUUUACAUUAGUGGAGACCAUGAACUAGGGCUGUGAAAGCAGUUAGUUUAAAAAAAAAACACUAGGUAGGACUAUUGGAUUUGGGGUACAAAUCUGUUAAAAAAUAAGACUAGAUAGGUAAUUUUAAUGUUUUGGCACGUUCUAAGUUAAAUCUCUAAGGCAUUUAAACUUAAAUUUUGCAUAUUUUUCAGAUAAUGUACAUUGAUAAUUUGAAAGCUUGUUUCUCCUCUAUGGAAUGUUCAAAACUAAAAAUCUCGUAUAAAUAAAAGUAAUAAAAGUCUAUAAGAUUCCUCAUUAGUAGAGAAUAGUUAAAAAAAAACAACAUAUAGAUUUUAUAUAAUUUCAUAGUUUGAUGUAAUUUUUUAUUUGCUAAGUGCUUAAAUAUCAGGAUUACGUUUUAAUAUAUGAAAUAUGUUGCCAAAAUAAAUUAAUAUUGUUAAGUAAAGUGCAUUCAACUCUAAAAAAAUACGAAAUAACUAGUACACUCUAAAAUCAGUGUGUAGUUUACAUUAUUUUUUUUUUGGUUUAUUGAAAAAUAACACUGUUUCAAAUAAUUGUGGGCACUUAUUUUUUUGUAACUGGUUUGGGCACUUAUUUUGAAUUUAAAAAAAAAACAUAGAAUGUUGAAAAAUUAUUACAUUAUUGAGAAAUAUUGCGUGCUUAUAGAUCUAUACUUUCUAAGUAAAAUUAAUGUCAUAAAAACUUUUCACUUUUCUUGUGGGUCUUAUUCACUGGGUUAGAUUAUUCGUCUGUCAGUAGAAUUGGCUAGUGCAAACUGUAAUAUGUUAUAAAGUGUUGUCUCUUACUGACUACACACUGAUUGAGCUGUCGAUACAUGUACAGUGUACAUCUGGCUCUUUCAUUUAAUUGGAAUUGUAGUACCUUCAAAGACGUGUGGAUCUCGAGGAUUUUUUUAUAAAAAAAAAUUAUAGUAUGAAAAAAUUAAAAUUAAAAAUUGUACAUUUGUUAAUAAAUUAAUACAUCUGCUUUCUGAAAACUGAAAUUCGUAUUCUGUACUAUGAAGUUACUAGUCAUUAGAAAUUAUGACAUGCAAAAAUGUUUGUGGAUAUCAUCAGACUGCCAAGAUUAAGCAGUUAAAUUAAACUGAAAAAAUAUUAAUUAAUUAUUAUGAACUAUUAAGAAUAAAAUUAAAACAUUUUUGUUUGUCAGGUGACCAAGACACUGUUCUUAUUAUUUUUGUUAUCACCAUUUUAUAAUGCUGUCGGUCAAAUCAAAACGUUUGAUUAUUACCAUGUUUAAUUAUAUAAGUAAAUGAAAUUAUAGAAUAUGAAUUUCAGUUUAAUUAAAAAAAUAGUGAAAUUGUUAAAUAAAAUCACUUCGUUUAGGCGUUGAAACGUCGCAAAGACUGGCUCUAGUAUGCAUAUUUUGUAGAAAAAUUGUAAAAAGUUGACCUUUCCUUUUGGGUAGCACUAUGUAAUUUUUGUGCAUGUAAAAUUGUUUUAAUGGUGUAUUUUGACUGCGUACUUCGGACUUCGCUUAUUGAUUAUUAUUAUUCAAGUUUUAUCACUCAGAGCACGUAUUUACUUACCAACAGUAUUUCAGAUUGCAGUUUGUGGCUUGAAAUCGAUCAAAGGACAUAUUCUUUUAGUGGUUAACAAAUAUUUUUUACAAAAAUGUAAUAAAUAAAGAUAACAGUUCGAACAUAAACAGAUUUUGAAGUCAUAACAUAUGGGAGAACGAGCGACUCCAUUGUUUGAUUAACUGCUCCUACAUUCAAUAACCGCCAAUUUGUUAUUUUUUUUUAACUGGCGUCAAGGUUUUGGAUUCCUGCCUCAAGCCUCAAAAGAUUAUCUUGUCUUAAAAGUACUCAAUGAAAUGUGAUAAGAUUUUAAUAAAUCUAACAAUAAUGUAAGUCCGCUUUUCAAUACUGCCACUUAUUAUAGUCAAUGUAUGAUUAUGAUGACACAACCGAUCACACAAAUUUACUAUUUUUUUUUAUUGAUUGAAACUAAUAUGGCCAUUCAUUUGAUUACACGGUAGACAGUGAAAUAUUUUGCAAAGUUUCUUCGCAUUAUUAUUUCAAAAAUGCCUUUAAAUAUGAAAUUUUCUAAAUGUUGUUUGAUCAUAACACAUACCUAAUCUAUUUUUUAGUUUAAAAAAAUGAUGACUAACGAUCGCUUGGUUGGUACUGGACCCUUUGAGAUUAGCAUUAAUGAAAUGCUCAAUGGAGAUUUGUUGCUGCGUUUGCCUCUAUUAUACAAAAUACGUGUACACCGCUGUCGCAAUUAUUUGGGCUGCCAGAAAUAUUUUCAAUGAAUAUAUAUUUAGAUGUGGAUUUGAAAAAAUUGGUCGCUAGGCUUGUCUUAUAGAUAUUUCAAUUUAUAAGUAAGCCUACUUCAAAUAAAUUAAUUUUGAAAUUUGCAACUGCUCUCGCCUUUUCUACCUACUGCUUAUAAAGACACCGAGCUAGGUUUGAAUGGCUUCGGCAGGAUUUGCGACAGUUAGGUCCAUAUUUGUUUCAAUCAAAAAUACCCAUAUAACAUGUCACUUAUUUUCUUAGAUUUAAUAAUUUAAAUAUAAAUCCGGCAUUUGACUAGACGAUUAGCAAAAAAUAUUCGUAUUUAGUGCAUUUUGAAAUUUUACGAGCAUAAAUAUAUUAUGGUAUGAACAAAAUUGAUAUGAAUAUAAGUUUUAGUUGAUAUGUUUCAUUUUAUUUCAUUGAGGUAUUAGUGUAGUUUAAUUAUGUAAUGUAUAUCAUAUACAUUGUACAUCAAAUUGGCAUAGAUCCUUAAUGAAAGAGCAUGUUAACAUAAUUAAUUACCUAAUUUUUAAUAAUCUGCCCAUUCAUAUUGAAAUAGAGGAAAUAUAUAAAAUAAACUUAAAUUCAGAUUAGUUACACUAGAAGAAAACUUAAAUAGAUCUCUUUUGCAUUAUUUAUUGAUAUUCAAAAAUUUGUUUAAUAUACAUAGUGGCCCCCAAGAAUGAAAUUGACAGUAAAAUACAUUUGGACACAUAUACUGGCCACCCACAUGUAUUUGUGGGCACUUAGGUUUGCACAUGUCAAAUAUGUUUGGGCAUUUAUUUAUGCAAGCUUAUAAUAUUCUUAUAACAAAACAGUAAUACAAAAUUAUUUUAAUUUUGACCUUUGAAUUUUUUCACUUAAAACUGUCUUGAGAAAUUUUGAUGUCACUAACUUUAGGAAAAGUCGUCACAUAAACAAUAAUAUUAUGUGUACUAACGUGUAAAAAAUACCGUAUAUAAUAUAACAAAAUAAAUGUGUAUUAAAAAAAACAUAAAUUCUCAAAAUAUACUAAAUAUGAAGACUACCUUUUAUUUCUAUUUUUAUUUUUUUUCUCUAUUUCGUUGUAACUAUAUAAAUAUAUAAUAAUAUAAAAAAAAAACACUAACUUGCUCAAUACAAUCGUUAAACUGUAUUUGUAUUGUGGACGAGAUUGAGGUUGCGGGCGCAGUGGAUGAUUAAAUUAUUCGAAUUAAAUCCAAAAAAAAAUUAAGCUAAAAUUAGUUGACUUCAGACAACCGUUGUGAGUCUCGCCUGUGAGUUACAGGGGUGCAGUUUAAGGAGAGAGUAAGGUAACAGAAAUGCAUAGUAACAGAAGGGAGCUAGAGAGGUAACAGAGCAAAGAGCACAGGUGGGGGCUCAUUUAUCUGGUUUGUCUAUAAUUAUUAUCACUAUUUAGUAGUAGACAAUAUAGCCUCCCAAUUAAGUGUAAACUCAAAAAUAUAUAAAAAAAAAUGAAUUUUUUUACAAACAUUGUUACUACGUAUAGAUCUUGAAUCAUCGAAUUAGAAUUAUGGAAUUAAAUGUUGUUCUUUUUCCCGCCAAAAGUAUUGUAAUUGUUUUUAUGAUACAUGUAAAUCGCUAAACUCAACUGAAUCUAUAAUAUAGGUAUAAAAUAAAUUAUCAGACUACAAACAGUGCUAUCACUUGUCACAUGAAUCAUGAAAAGUUGAUUGUUCUUCCAAAUAAAUUAUUAUUUGUCUAGAAGUAUAAACAUUUGAUUAGGAGCGCCCCAAUUAUUUUUUUAUUCCGUAUGUUAAUGUAAAAAAUUUGUUACUGCAACAUUUGAGGUUCUUUUUUUAUUGUUCUGGUCAUUGACAUAUGCGCUUUUUGGAAUUUCAGUUUUGGGUGACUAAAUUCACCACCUUUUGAGUGUCUAAUAGCUUAGUUAUAAUUUUUGUCUUUGUCAAACUAUUUUUCACCUAUCAGAGGAUGGUAAAACUGACCCUAAAGGUUCUUCUUUGCCCUAUACUUGCAUAAAGAUAUGUGAAUUUUCGGUUGAUAUUGUAAAAGUUAAAAUCUAUGAAUAUGAUUUUAUUGGUUGAUUUAUAAAUAAUAAACAAACAAAUAAGUUACAUUAAUGUAGAUAAAUAAAAAUUUUGAUUAAAACUACUAUAAUUACAAUUUUUUUGGCGGGGAAAAUAUGUGGAGAAUAUAGAUAUGGAGAUAUUUUUUUUCGAUUUGAUUUGGAUGAUUUGAUUUUCGCAAAAAGCAGUUCUUAAUUUGUAUAUUGCAUUAAAUAUAAAAAAGAGAGUUAAUAAGGUGUGUUUCUUCUUUUUAAUUUUUUCUAGUUUGUAAGUACGAUUUUUUUGAAAUAAUCGGGUAUGUAGCGCGGAUAUCGAUAUCGGGGUAUAUACACAAAAAAGAAAUUAGUUAUAAAUUAUAACUUCAAAUGAACUACUAAAUUGAAUUUUGAAAAAGCUUAUUCUAUCUACAUCCAAAUGCAUAAUAAGCUUUAUUUUUAAUAACGAAAGAGCAAUAAUUUAGCACGUAAAAUGGACUGUUUCAUUUAAAAUAUAUCUUAGCAUAGAGACAUUAUGAAAACCUCUAUCAAUGUUGCCAUAUUCGCGCCACAUACAUGUUUCUACUAUUUGGUAACUUUAGGAAAUAAAAUUUUAAUAUAAUUAUUGUACGUCUGCACUUCGCUUAGGUCGCUUCUAAUAAUGAAUUUAUUAUAAAGCAUAGUUCCUAAUAUUUUAUUGUUAUAAAAAAAAACUCAUAACACACAAAAUAUUUUUGUCUUAUUAUUACAAUGACACAGAAAUUGUAGGUAUAGUUUUUGCAAUUAGUGUUUAAAGAUAUGUAAGAGUAGGAUAAAGUGAAUUAUUUCGGAUAAAUCACACAUGCAGCUCUAGCACCAUAUUUUUGUAACUGAGAAAAACAUAAUAAGUUGUGAUUGGGUAAGACUAAGUUUGGUAAGGUAAAGGUAUUUUUAGUAAACUUGUAUUUUAGUUCAAUAUAUAGGUUUAUUAACUAUGAAAUUGUCAGGAAGUUGAAGAAUUACUUUCAAAAUUUGGUGCUAGAUAUUGCAGUAAAUAUGGGUAGUUGGUAUCCUUGGUAAUUUUAGAGGAAGUUUUCUGAAGUGCGUCAUUCUAGUUAAGAAAGUAAAAUAUAAAUAUAUCGCUAUAAUUCUCACGUACGUAUGUACGGGACAUUAUUGUCUUAUAUUUCCUUUCAUGGCAUUGCCCAAUGAAUGUUAUGCUCUUUAGAAAACGGCCUAAGUCAUUUUUUAUUUAACAAUAUGAUUUAACGAUUUCUGUGUCGCAAAAUUUCUUUUCUACCCGCUGCCUUAGACGAACAAUUAUCAAAAUUAAGUGUUAAAAUGGACUGAUUUCCAUUUUUGGCACAAGAAGUUACGGUGUAUGUAAAAUAUUUUUACUUAACACCUUAACAUAUUCUUCUUCUUUCUAGUAUACUCUAUGAAGAAGAAGACGUGACGUUUAAAUGAAGAAUGAUUGAAAAUCAUUCUCAACGCUAGAUGUCCUCGUCUUGCUUUCAUUCAUAGUUGGAAUGUGUUGAGAUGCUAGGUAAAAAUUUUUAGUUAUAAGCAUUCAAAAUUAAGACGAAAAAUCAAAAACAUAUCAAACUAAACGGAAAUGGAACUCAAUUGUGAAGUUUGCCAAGCUGCUUUGAUCCAAUUUCUGUAUUGUCAAAUAGCCAAUAAUUUAAACUCACUGUUAUUAUUAUUUUUAUUCAUAAUAUCGCGGUAAAUUGUUCGUCUAGCACGGAAAUAUACUCAGACCGUCCCUUCUUAAGUGUAGUCUUUAAUUUAAUAAGGGUGGGCUUAGUUUUGAGGAAGCGAUCGAGAUGCGAAAGAUGAUUUCAAGUUUUUAAACGUAUUAUAGAUUAUUAUUUUUUUAAUUUUCGAAUUCAGAAAAAAAUGUGUUCGAAAAAUUUAGGCUGUUUGUGAUUUUAAAAAAAUGGGUAGUAUUUUUAUUUCAUCGAAACUGCGUAGGUAUUAUUGAUAUUUGCGAUGAGCUUUUUUGGGCCAAAAAUUUUUAUUUUUAAAGAUGAUGCGUUUAAAAACUUAAAGGCGCGACGUUAUGAUGUGUUUUUUGUUAAGUUUUUUUAAGUUAAAUAAUUUUGUCAGUUGUUGCAAUUUUUUUCGUAAGAACGCCAAAGGAGAUGACAUUGUGCUAAAAUGAACAUGCAUAAAUCAUUUAGAUUUAUCGUAUAAAUGAAAAAUGAUACAAAAAAAUAUAAUUCUUGCUAUUAAUGUUAAGUGCUGUAUAAAUUUAAUGAAAAAAAUUAGCAAAACAUUUGCGUACCUUCCAGUGUCUAAUUUUUGUUAGUCCCCAUAUUUUUUUGGUUUAUUGAAAACUGCAAAAAAAAAAAUUAAAAAAUUGGUUGUUGUAAUAUAGGCGAGCGUAGAAUUGUUUAAUAGUGUUAGGUGUAUUUGAUGAGUUAAUAAAAUUAAGAAAAAAAACAUUUUUUAAGGAUGCUUGGCAGCGUCGGUCGAGGCGACACGCCCGCCCGUUGUGAAAUAUUUGGUGUAAUUUUUUCUUAAAUUUUCACAAUUUUCAAUUUGAACGGGUUCGUCAUAAAAAUUCCGAUGCAACUACCCCCGAUUGACGCUAUUUAAGGCUGUAAGUUAUACAUUAUAUACAUAUUAUUAUAUUGAUAAAUAAAUUAAUAAUAAAAAGGA